CCCUAACGAUGAAAUUCAAGGCAUUCUUCACGGACAAGGGCGUCACGACGCUGGAGAAGAAAUUCGUGCCGGCGUUUGAGAAGAUUGGGAAGACGUGCUACGUCUAUCUCACCAGGACGCACGUCACGCUUAUGCACAAUGCCGUCAAUGCCGAUGGCGUCCAGGCGAUUGCGCAGUUCAAGGAGGCACUGCUGUUCGAUGACUAUCGGAUUUCCAGCCAGAACGAAGACCGCAUUGCUUUCACGCUGGAUCUAAACCUGCUGCUGCGAGCGCUCAAGAGCAGCGUGAGCAUGGAUGGAGAUAAGCUGCAAAUCAAGCUGGUGAAGAAGCGGCCUUCUUUGAACGAGCGUCCAAUGCCAUAUCUCACUCUGGAAAGUAAGGGAUUCAGGUCGGCUGUUGUUCAGGACAUCCCAAUCUCACAGCCCCUGAGUCGAGGCGACGUCCAGGAGCUUCAAGACACCAUUGACGCUGUUCACAAUUUGCCUCGGACUCUUGUACAGAUGCCCGACUUGGGUCAGCUCCAAAUCUUGGUGGAUCGCCUCAAGAACGUCGGAGAAGCUCUGGACGUGGCAGUAACGUUUCAUGGCGAUGUGCACCUCCAAGUGUCCACCACUUUGGUGUCUAUAGGUUCCGAGUUUCGGAGGCUGCAAGUGCUAGGGGAAAGAGCGGCUGCUGGCUCCACUCUAGACGCGACCGCGAGUCCAGCGAUGCGGCUGGAACAAGCUCUAGCCAGGGGAGAAGCGUCUUCUGUGCAAGUGAAGAUCAAACACUUUGCGAAGAGCUUGCAAUGCAGUUUGACAAGGCCAGACACAUGCUAUGUUGGAGUGGCUCCAAGUGAUUCCUACCUGGUGAUGAAGUUCCAGUUUUAUGCUCCUGCGACUCACCAUCCUGACACAGCAGUCACCUUGCACUACAGGCUCCCAGUUCUAGAAAGAGUCGGCUAAAUGAAACACUAAUGCUGUUUUGUCUUGACAAUUUGUGAUGUGCACUACAGCCAUUUUCAACAUUUCGAGCAACUGGUAUGCUUUGUGUUCCUCUGGUGGAGCUAUGUACUAACUCAAGCAUUCAAGGAGUCUUCUGGUCGAGAAUUAUUAUGAUGAUUGAUGUAAACAGAAGGACAAGAACAAACAUGACAAACUAAAAUAUGUGGUGGUUAUUUUAGAUGCAAAGGAAAAGUUCUUUGUGAGGAA